GUUGAAUGUUUGGUACGUGUUCUGGGUUUCUCCAUGUUCAUCGUCUGCCAGUCCUCCUAAUUUAAUCUCGAAAGCAUCAACUGCUGACUGGUAGUUUGGCUUGUCGGAAACCUCCGAUUAGGUGUCUCAGGCGUCAAAACCCUCCUAAAGUUCAAAUUUUUUGAGCUCCCCAAGAAUUUACGGCCGCUAUAAGAUUUGAGGUGGAGGGAAAUGCUCCUGGGUCAUACAGAGGGUAUGUCAGAACUUCGGUCGUCAAAGGACCAGCUCCUUGCGGAUCCAGAAUCUGAGAUUGAAGAUGACACUGGAAGCUCUGAACAGAUAUUGUACACAGCAUCCUUUGAAGAACUUGCCAGAAACCAUAUUCUAUAUGAUACAAUUAUUUGGGUUUCCAUAUCAUCGUUGCUGGUUUUAGCUUGGGGUGUUGGUAUCCUCAUGUUGCUUUAUCUGCCCAUUAGAAGAUAUGUGCUUCAGAAGGACAUAUCCUCGCGCAAAUUGUAUGUCACGCGUAAUGAAAUAGUGUACAAGGUUUCAAGGCCUUCCUACAUACCUUUUUGGGGCCAAGUAACAUUGGAGAGAUACGUACCUCUUUCCCAGGUGAUUGACAUCAUUAUUGAACAAGGUUGCUUACAGUCAGUGUAUGGUAUCCACACCUUUAGAAUUGAAAGUAUAGCACGCGGAAAAGCUGCACCCGUAGAUGAACUACUAGUGCAAGGGGUUUUUAACCCAGGUGUUCUGAGGAAGGUUAUUGUGACAGAAGCUGCAAAAGCUAUACAGGAUGUUGGUAAAGGUUGGAAACUCACGACUAUUGGUGGUGAUGGGGAAAGUUUUCCUAGAAUGACAUCUUUGACAGAAGGACCAGCUGUUUUUAGAUCACCAUCUAAAAGUCGGAAGAUGACAGGAUCACCACACCAUCCGUCAGUAGAACAGAAAGGAAUGGUGCCUGGAUCACUGCUGUUGCAUAAGCUUGAUGAAGUCAGUAAAUCAGUAAAGAAAAUUGAGUUGCUGAUUGAGAAGUCCCAGGCUUCUUCAGAAUUUAGCUGAGGAAAAUAUGAAUCUCGACAUUUUGGCAAAUCAAAUGUGCAAGAAAUUCAUUCCUGGAACCGGAAUGUUUCCUAUGGAUUUAGGCUUGACUUUUCACUUCUUCCCAUUUUUAUACUUGAUGGUCCUUGGCCAACAAAAUAGGAAGUGUAGUCAAGACGAAAUAUGAAAUUAGUUUUUUGAGUUCUCUGUUUUUCCUUUAUGUAUGUAGUCAUUAAUUGCUGCUUGCUUGUCAAUUUUACUUGCAGUGAAUUUAGAAAAGAGUAAGGGAAGGAUUUGUAUUUAACUUUGUUUUGAUUACAUUUUUGUUUGCUUGAGUAACAUGGAAGUAAAGAAAAUGAUUGGUUUAUAAAUUUAAAAUUUUUUU